GGAUCAUGACCCCAGCAACAGAUCGCACUUGUCCAGUGCGAUCUGAUCUUAACACAGUGGACGUCUUGCGACAGCAUCAGAAGGCGCUGCAGCACAAGCUUAGCUGCACGAAUGGUACGAAGAAGUUUGUCCGCGCCUAUGCGUUGAACCAGCACAGCCAUGUCGUGCAUAAGCCGACUGAAGGGCCACCCGCAGCUCUCGAGGUGGCUAUGACAUCUUUGGCCCUCGCGCCACCACUUCCGUUCCCUUCGCACAACAACCUCAGGCAUCUAUUGUGACAGCGAAGGACGAUGCUAGCACCUCCACGCCAUCGUUAAACCUUUCCGAACAGGACUUGCUGUUCGAGAACCUCCUCCGGUGACGCCAUUCUUUGAUUCGCCUUGUGACACAGGACUUCAUCAUCUCGUCGACUCGAAGAGAGUUGUGGCGCCCUUGGAAGAAGGCCGUCUUGAAGGAGGACUUCCAGCAAACGUCAGCACGGGAUAGCCUUCCGCGCCCCAAGGCUAGGAGAGCAGUCGUAACCGACUUCGAGUUGGGGAUGGUGAUGGAUGAGAGCAGGGGGAGGGCCUUCAAUGGGCUUGCGUUCCUUGGUGCGGUGGACUUCCUGACGGGUGAGGUGCUCAUCAGGGAGUACGUGAAGCCCACCGGCAAGGUGACGAAUUGGAACUCAUGUGUCUCGGGUAUCAAGCCUGCAGAUAUGAAUGCCGCUGUCCGACGUGGCGCGGC